GCGGAGCGUCGUCAUGCCAACGAGCAGCAGACAGAAGAAGAAGAAGGGGGGGGACGCGGCGGUGCAGGGAACCAACGACAGCAGCGUGGUGAGCAAAGUGUCGGCUGCAGCUCGAGGCUUCUUCACCGACGACUUCCUCCAGCACUUUGUGUGCAAACAGCCCAGAAGGUCACCGCUCAUCAACAGGGGCUACUAUGUGCGCUGGAGAGCUGUGGACCACUGUGUGAGGAGGUUUCUACACGUUACUGGAAACUGCCCCAAGAGACAGAUUUUGUCGCUGGGUGCCGGUUUCGACUCGUUGUAUUUCCGCCUGCGUGCGGACGAAGCUCUCACCGGAGUCGUGGUGUUCGAGGUGGAUUUCCCUGAUGUCGCUCGACGUAAGACUGCUCUCAUCUCCUCUAAUAUCACACUGAGGGGGAUGUUAGACCCACAUCUACCUGCACCUACAGGAGCUGUGCACGUGUGGAGUGGUCAGUACCGUCUGUUGGGGUUGGAUGUCAGGGAGGAGUCCCAGGUGAAGGAGGCUCUGGAGGCAGCUGGGUUGGACUGGGCUCCUCCCACUCUGAUUCUGUCUGAAGUGGUUCUCACCUACAUGGAAACUCAAUGGUCGGAUGUCGUCAUCAGUUGGGCGGCAAAGCUCCUGCCUCAGUCCCUGUUUGUGAUGUAUGAGCAGAUCCAUCCACAUGAUCCCUUUGGUUCCAUCAUGCAAGAGCAUUUCCACAAACUGAAUUCCACGCUGCACGCCCUUCGACGGUACCCGGACGCCGCCGCUCAGAGACAGCGGUUCCUGGACAAGGGCUGGGAUCAGUGUGUGUGUCUGGAUAUGAACGACUUCUACCUGGGGCUGGUUCCUGAGGACGAGAGGCACAGGGUGGAGCUCCUGGAGCCUUUUGAUGAAUAUGAGGAGUGGCACCAGAAGUGUUCCCACUACUUCAUCCUCACGGCCUCUCGGGGCUCCUGUAUGACUCAGGCGUUACUCACACAUCCUCCAGUGUCUCCAGUGUCGUCUGUGAACCCGUCUUUGAGUCCCGUGGUCCUGAGUGUGAAGCCGGAUCCUGCCUGUGUGGAGGGUUUGGGGAUGGCCUCCACCUCGGUGAGCCCAGGACGGCUCCUGCUAACAGGGGGCUCCAGCCGGGGGGGCAGGGGGGCUUUGAGUCGAGUCCUCCUCCGAGGGGAGGAAGGGUGGAGGUCUGUCACCGUGGAGCCGUCACUGGACUUGGGCGUCCGGCUCUACCACACGGUCACUUCCUGUCCAGGUGGAGGUGCGGUGGUGUACGGAGGUCGCUCCUCCCCCCUCAGCCCAGCCAGGGGUCUUUUUAAAGUAGUGCUGGACCCUGCUGGUCCCCCGGCCCCUCUGGACCCUUCUGGUCCCCCUGCUCCUGUAGACCCAGUGAAACUGUGUGUAGAGGAGAUGAUCUGUACCGGGGAGCCACCUCCGCCAAGAUGGAGGCACACUGCUGCCAUCGUCAGCCACAAAGGCAAAGACUUUCUGUUUGUUUAUGGAGGAAAGAAUGAAUCUGAGGCUGUUCUGGGUGACGCCCACUUCCUGUGUCUGGACCAGCAGCUCUGGACUGAGAUCCCAGUGGAGGGGGCGGCACCAGAGCCAAGCCACUCCCACUCUGCAUGUUCAUAUCAGGGAGGUGUGGUGCUCUUCGGGGGUCUGGACCGACGGGGGGUUCCUCUGGGGGACACGGUGGUCCUCAGGCCCAGUGACAGAGGCUUCUCCUGGGAGAGAGUAGAGCUGCAGCCCCCCCCGGUCCCCAGAUACUCUCAUUCUGCCCACGUGAUUGGACAGAAGCUAGUGGUGGUGGGUGGGGUCUGGAUGCAUUCCGAUGGCGUACCGGGGGUUGUCAUGAUUGACCUCGCCACACGGAGCAGCGUGGAGUUCAGCCUGGACACGAGCCGGGUGCCGUGGCCUCUGAUGCUUCACUCCUUCUGCUGCGAGCUGACGGACUCAGAAGAGGCGGAGCUGCUCCUGAUUGGUGGAGGAGGAAACUGCUUCUCCUUCGGGACUCAUUUCAACCCCCGGCCGGUCACUCUGGACCUCAGGCCCGUCCUGGGAUGAAGGUUUUCUAGAUUCAGUUUAAAAACUCUGGAUCGAGCACAAGUCCACUCAUUUGGUCUGAAGACUUUGGGGGGUAUUAAGCUGCAAGACGAAUCCUCGCCACUAGAUGUCACUAAAUUCGAUACACUGGACCUUUAGCGCUACACUACUACAACCCCCGGCCGGUCACUCUGGACCUCAGACCCGUCCUGGGAUGAAGCUUUUCUAGAUCCAGUUUAAAAACUCUGGACCGAGCACCGGAUUGGGCCCAAGUCCACUCAUUUAGUCUGAAGACUUUGUGUAAAUGAGGUCGUUUGGAGCUGAAUCUGAAUGUCAGGGCUUACGGACAAUGCUGUUUACCCCUGAAACUCCAAAAGGGUUUUGUGGACUCAAACACCCCCCCCCCCCCAUAGUGGUGUGUAGAUAAUGCGUUUUCAGUGAACAAACCCUUUGAGUACACAUCACGUAUAAAAGAUAUCACUCCACAGAAAUGUCUCCAGAGUGUUUGCUGGACAGGUUUUUAUUUGCGAGACCUCAGGAUGGAUACAUGGGAUUCGUGUUUUGGCCGGAGGUGUAAAUCACUCAGUGAAGCGCCUGAAGGACAUGACCGUGGGACUGCUGGCCCCCCAGUCGCCAGGUUUGAGGUACUCUCCCUUCUCCAGGAAGUACUGGCGCCCCCGGUAGUUGGGAUGCUCGUAGAAAACCCAGCAGCCGUCGAAGACCUUGCAGGAGUUGACCUCCCGCCAGCGGAACUUCUCCAGGAGGGAGGGGCAGUCCUCUGUGGCCUCCAGGGCCUGG